AUGCCAUCCACAGCAUGGACCAAGCCCGACACCAGCACCCGCCCACUUGCCGUAGUUGGCGCCGGCCUGAUGGGCCGUCGAAUCGCCAUGAUGUGGAUCUCUGCCGGAUACACCGUGAUCCUCUGCGAGAAAACGCUGGAUGAGGACGGUGCAGUCGACUACAUCACAGAAAACAAAGACAAGCAAGCAGAAAAGCUAGGCACCAAGGUGGCCGAGCUGAAAGUCACCUCAUCCCUGCAAGAAGCCUGCGAAAAUGCAUGGAUGGUCAUUGAAGCCGUGCCGGAGAAGCUGGAACUGAAGAUCGAGGUCCUGGCCGAAAUCGACGCCAUCGCCCCGCCGGACUGUGUGAUCACCAGCAACUCCUCCUCGCUGCGGACCAGCCAGAUGAUCGUCAAAACGAAGAGGAACUACCGUAUCUGCAACGGUCAUUACUAUAUGCCGCCUGAGCAGACGUACUACGAGUUGAUGUCGUGCGGCGAGACGGACCCGGACAUCUUUCCGUUUUUGAUGGAGAAGGCUGCGAGUGCGGGAUUUCAACCUGUUCAUGCCAAGGUCGAGUCGACGGGCUUGGUAUUCAAUCGGAUCUGGGCAUCUAUCAAGCGAGAGGUUUUGCUUGUUCUCGCUGAGGGGGUUAGCGAUGGCCAUACCAUUGAUGAAAUGUUCAAAGGCUGGUUCAAGGCAGCCAAGGGCCCUUGUCAGAUGAUGGAUACCGUUGGCUUGGAUACUGUGUACAAUAUCGAGGUUGUGUAUACUCAGCAGCGUGACUUGGAUACCACUGCUAGAGACUGGCUUAAGGAGACUUAUGUCGACAAAGGCAACUUGGGAGCCAAGACUGGAAAGGGAUUACUUGGAUAG